UCGUGGAAUCCCGUGAUCAAUUUGUAGGCAUUUUUAGCAUACGAGAGAAAAGAGAGAAAAGGAGGAGACAAAAACCCAGACCCUCCCAUCUGCAGAACGUCGCGGGAGGUUGUGAAAGCGGAAAUUAACGGCCAUUUCUCUUCAGCCGUCAUCAGAUCUGCUUCAUCUGCUUCUUUCUCUUACCACUACAUUUUCUUCCUCCGGAAAUGGGUACCACUGCUAAGUCUACAAACUCUCUUGCUUUCUUCUUCAAUCAUUAUUCUCAUGUUAGGGUUUCUUUCCAUGCUCUUAAUUUUUAUUAUUAUUGUCGUAGUUUUAGUUCCACUUCUGCUAAAACUACCAAUAGUGGUAGAGAUAUUGUGGAAAGCCCCAAUCAGUUCUUGAAAACUGUGAGAGAUCGAUGCAGAUCUCGGAGCUUUAGGAAUCUUGAUGAAGCCUUAGGUGUGUUUGAUAGAAUGCUUCACAUGCACCCUUUGCCUCCCAUCGUGGAUUUUAAUCAAUUGCUGGGUGCAAUCGCAAGAAUGAAGCAUCACUCAACUGUUAUUACUUUGAUUAAAGAAAUGGAACAGUCAGGAAUUGCUCCCGAUGUUUAUGUUCUGAGUGUUUUGAUUAAUUGCUUCUGCCAUUUGAACCGGGUGGAUUUUGGCUUCUCUAUUUUAGCAAGAGUUUUGAAACUUGGUUUUCAAUCGAACUAUGUAAUUCUUAGUACUCUUGUCAAGGGUCUCUGUCUUCAGGGUAAAAUUGUUGAAGCUGUGAAGUUGGUUAACAAAAUGGAGAAUAUAGGCUACAAACCUAAUACAAUUACCUAUGGAACGAUUAUGAAUUGUUUGUGUAAAAUAGGCGAGACCAAUGAAGCUAUUGGGUUGUUUAGGAAGAUGCAAGAAGGAAAUCUUGAACUUAAUGUAGUACUGUAUAACACAAUCAUUGAUAGUUUGUGUAAGGACAGAUUGGUAACUGAGGCUUUGAAUUUUUUUUCUGAAAUGACGAGUAAAGGAAUUCAGCCAGACGUUUUUACUUACAAUUCUUUAAUUCAGGGUCUAUGCAAUUUCGGCCGGUGGAAGGAGACAAUCAAACUAUUGAAUGCGAUGGUGCAAAGGAAAAUCAUGCUAGAUUUGUGCACAUUCAGCAUAUUGGUGGACACGCUUGGUAAAGAGGGGAAGUUGAAAGAGGCUGAAGAAGUUUUUAAUGUGAUGAUUCAGAGAGGCGUAGAGCCGGAUACAAUCACAUACAAUUCUUUGAUUGAUGGUUAUUGUUUGCAAAAUAGAAUGGAUGAAGCCGUCAAAGUAUUUAAUACGAUGGUUCGAAAGGGUUGUUUGCCUUCUAUUGUUAGCUAUAGCAUAUUGAUCCACGGAUAUUGUAAAAAAAAAAGAAUUGAUGAGGCAAUGAUUCUCUUCCGUGAAAUGACUAUCAAUGGCAUGAUUCCCAAUGUUGUCACUUACACCACUCUUAUUGGCGGAUUUUGCCGAGUUGGGAGACCUAAGACUGCACUAGAGCUACUUCAGAAGAUGCGAGGUUGUGGCCAACAUCCCAAUGUCCAAACUUAUGCUAUUUUGUUAGAUGGCCUAUGUAAGAAUCUACACUUUCCAGAGGCAAUGGCAUUGUUUCAAGUGAUGGAAGACAAAAAGUUAGACCUUAAUAUUGUGAUUUACAACAUCUUGAUUGAUGGUAUGUGUAAUGUUGGGAAACUUACAAUUGCAAGAGAACUCUUUAAUACUCUUCCUACCAAAGGCUUUCAAGCUAAUGUUCGGACUUAUACUAUAAUCAUCAAAGGGCUUUACAAAGAGGGACUAUUAAAUGAAGCGAGGGAGCUAUUUGAAAAAAUGGAGGAGAACGGUUGCUCACCUGACCAUGUCACAUAUAACACAAUCAUCCAAGGCUUCUUGCAACAUAAUGAGACAUCGUGGGCAGUGCAAUAUCUCCAAAUGAUGGUUGACAAGGGUUUCUCAGCAAAUGCGACCAUUGCAACCAUUUUGAUCGACUUGUUGACUACUAAUCAGGCAGAUAAAACAUUACAAGAUUUUUUACUAAAAUCUGUGUGAAAGAUUUCUAGUUCUUCAGCUUGCAGGACAAAUUUGAUAUUCUAACCUUUACAUAGUCAAUCUUUAAGGCAGUAAAGCUGCAAGUCAUUAAGGUAAUAUUUCUCUCCAUGACAUUUGGACUACCGUAGUGUCUUAAUUACUAUUCCUCUUUUGCUAUAAGUUUUUUAAUGUUUUUUUAGUUAAUUUGUUUUGUGUUAAUUAACUGUUUAGUUUCGGUCCUUAAACAUGUGUUGUCACCAAUACAUUUUGUUGCCUAACUCUUAUUAAAUGCUUUUUGCUGGUAGGUUGAAUUCUGCUCUUCUAGGAGUGGUUUCCAGUUCAUCAUUGUAUGUUGUUCGCUUAUCUAACUAGUUGUCCUUUAACACUUUUCCUUCCCUGCAAAAUGGUACUCCAGUGGACCAGAAUUUCACUUUCUUUGAAUGCCAUGAAAGACGAAGUUGCAGUUCAUUUGAGGCUUAGAAGUCUAGAAUUUUAGUGUGAACUUUGAAUUGACUUGACAUGGCCAGUUGCUGCUUACUACUUGCCAGAAAUUUAAUUUGGCCUUAUUAAUAACAUUGACGAAUAACUCAAUUUGGGUAGGUUACAGUAAGCUUCUGGUUCUUUUUUUAUUUUAUUUUAUUUUAUUUUUUAUUUUUAUUAUUUUUUAUCAUUCUUUAAAAUCUGAAACUUCUCCUUAAAUGAUAUUUUUAAAUAUCAUUGCCUUCGGUAACUGAUGAUCAGCAUGGUCAUAUAAUUCUCACUCAAGAUAGUGUAAUUAUUCAGGUAUACAAAAAUUAGUGCAAAUGUAAUUUCUCAACAUGUUUUGUUCUUAUUGAUUUAUAUAGUUUUAAGAGUCAUGUUUUAAAUUCUUGCAGAGAUAUCAUGAUUGAAGGAACACUCUUGAAGGUCUAGGAGCUUGGUGGUUAUGUGUUGUUGAUUUUAUUUGAUGCUGCUGGAUAUUGGAAGUUGGAUGUUGGUGGUUAUGUUCAGCUGGAUUUUACAAGUUAGAUGCUGCCAGUUUUUUGGAUUUUACAGGUUGUUGCUUUUGUUUUAUUUCUAGUUUGAUGACACUGCUGGAUUUUACAAGUUGAAUGCUGCCGGUUUUUUGGUUGACGAAGCUUCUAGUUUUUGGGUCGAUCCUACAUUGCUACUACUAGUUUUUAGUUUCAAAUUAUGUAUUUUUUAAUAUUCGAUUUUUAUUCUUAGUUUUGUGUUUAUUUGAAUCAGUUUGAAUUUUGGAACAACCCCAUUUGACAAUUGUCUUUGAUUUGUUGUUUUGUGUUGACUUAGAUUUUAAA